AUGGCCGCGGCCACGGCGUGUGGCUCCCCGCCUCCCCGCCCGCCCCGCGAGCAGCCGCCGCCGCGGAAGCGGGGUGACUCCCGGCGGCGACAGGCCGCCCUCUUCUUCCUCAACAAUAUCUCCCUGGACGGACGCCCGCCCUGUCCGCCCGACGAGAAGCCGCCGCCCGCCGGCCCCGGCGAAGGGGAGGAGGCGGCGGCGGAGCCGGCCGGAGCCCCCCCGCGCCUGCUGUCCCCGCCGCCCGCCUGCCAGCCGCCGCCCGCCCUGCUGCUGCCCGGCGUCUCCCCCCUCGCCGCCGCCGGAGCCAAGGGGGAGGCGGACCCUGCCCGCGGGGGCAUCUUCCUGCCGCAGCUGCUGCUGGGCGGCCCGCUCUGCCCGCCGCCCCCGGCGCCGCCUGCCCUGCCGGGGAUGCUGGCGGCCGCCAAGCCGGGCGCCCCGGGGCUGCUCAGCCCCACGCAGAGCGCUGCCGGCGGCGGCUUGGCGCUGGAGGUGCAGCGGCAGAGAAGGCGUUUUCUCUCCCAGCGCUGCUCUCUAGACUUUUUAGAAGACAUAGUGGAAUAUGCCAGUGUACAAAGAACCAAGCAUAUAUCUGGGUCUCCAAGACACAAGAAUUUGAAGAAGAUGCACUUCAUCAAGAACAUGAGGCAGUAUGACACCAAGAACAGCAGGAUAGUGUUAAUCUGUGCUAAACGAACACUGUGUGUGGCUUUUUCUAUCCUGCCUUACGGGGAGGGUUUACGGAUCAGUGAUCUAAAAAUGGAAGGACAGAAGCAAAGACAUCCUUCUGGGGGAGUUUCAGUCUCCACUGAGAUGGUGCUUGGAAUGGAAGGAGUAGAGCUGGGUGCUGAUGGCAAGGUUGUCUCCUAUGCAAAAUUCCUGUAUCCAACCAAUGCCCUGGUUGUUCGCAAGGCUGACAGCCAUAGUGCUGUUCCCUCCUGUCGAGCCAGUGCUUCCCGGAGCCUUCCUGGGUCAAGAUACAAACCUGUGACAGCAAAAACGAUACCAGCAGGAACGGACAUUGGAAGUGAAACUGGGGAAGCUGCAGAGUAUGAUCCAAAUCUUCUGGAUGAUCCUCAGUGGCCAUGUGGAAAACAUAAACGUGUUCUCAUCUUUGCCUCUUACAUGACUACAGUCAUAGAAUAUGUGAAACCUUCAGACCUUAAAAAGGAUAUGAACGAAACCUUUAGAGAGAAGUUCCCUCAUAUCAAGUUGACACUGAGCAAAAUUAGGAGUUUAAAAAGAGAGAUGCGAAACCUGAGUGAAGAGUGCAGCCUGGAGCCCGUUACUGUCUCCAUGGCUUAUGUUUACUUUGAGAAGCUCGUCCUCCAAGGCAAACUCAACAAACAGAACCGCAAACUGUGUGCUGGUGCUUGUGUUCUGCUCGCAGCCAAGAUCAGCAGUGACCUCAGGAAACACGAAGUUAAACACCUUAUAGAUAAACUAGAAGAGAGAUUCAGAUUCAACAGAAGAGAUCUCAUUGGGUUUGAAUUCACCGUCCUUGUAGCUUUGGAACUGGCUCUCUAUCUUCCUGAAAACCAAGUUUUACCUCAUUACAGACGGCUCACACAACAGUCUUAACCAAAACUACGUUCCAGCUGGCAGCUGGUGACGCUGGAGAACUCACCGAAGGCUGCUGGUGAAGUUGCCACUGGCUUGGGAGCAUCCUGCCGUGGCUGCAACCAGAUUGGAACUCUGCAGUGCGUUGUUAAACUGUCGCGGUGUGUGUUACGGACACAUGUGCCAAGUCCAGGGGAUGGUACGAGAAGAGUUGUUGAACUUUAUUUUCUUUUGGACAUUUAAAGCACAAAUAUUCACCAGUCAGCUGUCACAGCUGUUUAUUGUUUCUUAUUUAUCUUUUUGGGUUGACUAAAACUGUCCUUCUCUAUGAAGAAUCCUAAGGGUAUUGUUUCCUUUUGUUUGUUUUUAGGCCUUUAUUGUAUUCCUUGAGACUAGAGGAAGCAUCACUUCCAUUCCAGUGUACCAUGAAGUUCACAUGUUUCUAAGAAUCUUCUUGCAUUUUUACAUUAAGGAGAUGCAUACUUUAUUUUUUUAAAGAUGUGCCUAAAACUGGCUGGUCUGGUACCAGUGCUUUUUAAGUUACUUCUGUUACUUAGUGGGGAAUCCAGAACUUGUAUAGCCAUUUACUCUUUAUCUGCAUUGGCCUUGCAUAUAAGGAAAACAAUUCCAGUAUAUCUGCACUAAGGAUACACAGGGCAUCUAUUCUCUACUAUAGAUCUGUAAGUAGGGAGAUUGAAAUUACUCUGUUCCAAUUCAGUUAACUAUUAGUACCUUAAGAAUACUCAUUUUAUUUAGAGGAGAGCUCGUUUGAAAACCUGUCACGAAGUACCACAUGUUGAACAAAGUAGCUGCAGCACAGAAAUUGCCAUCCUGAUUCACUCUUCAGUGGAAGAUGAGUGCUUGACUGAGCAAUUUGCUGUCAAAUGUAUCAUUUUUACUUUGUUUCAGUGUUCUGUAGUCUGAAAUAAGCACCUUUUUGGUAUGACUGUAUUAUAUAUGGUCUUAACGUGCUCUCAGCAGAUGUUGAAGUCAGUAGAGCUACUGCUGCCAAACUAAGCCAAUGAAACAAAGCAUGCUCAAUAUUAAAAUGCUACUUUUUUACUCUGUUCUUCCAAGCAUUUCAUCACUGUGAUGGUCCUGGCAUUUGUUGCACAUCUGAACAGCCACUUAACCAACAGCACUCUAAUGCUUACCCAGAGGUGAAAUAACUUCUCUGACCAUUGGCUAUUCUUUCAGUUAUGUUUAAAUACCCAGGUUGGGAAUGAACUCUUGAUUAUAUGUGGAACUUUCUGUUAUACUGGUUCUUGGGUUUAUUUUCUGAAGCAAUAUUACCAUACAAGUAACUGUGUCCAUUUGCAAGGAACAAAACUGAUGCUUGGCUAUUAUGAGUGAGAAAUGUGUACUUUAAGUUUGACUCUUAAAUGAAAUACUAGAUAGACCUUGUACUGAGGUAAGAGACCUGCUAUCUAAUAUGUAAAGUAAUGUAAAUUCUUGUUCCUUGUAUUAAAUGUUUGGUUGUAGCCAAAAGCAAAGCUGAAUCUUUGCUCUUCAGCUUUGUUUUGUCUGAAGCUGAUUUGGCUUCCUUAGAAUUGCAGCAAACUUUACUGGAGCCCCUUUAAGUAAGGCUCUAAAUGUAUUUUUCAUGUAUAAUAACUACAGUGACUAUCAAAUCUUUUGUAACUGUGUUCAGCUGUAUGUAGCUUCCAGUUAUUUGUGUAGAAUUUAAAAUGCUUGUGAUUUCUCUUUAACACACAGGACUUUCCAGUCUCCAUAAGUGAGAUGGUAGAUAGGCAGACAAUAAGCUUGCCAGUUACCUUCCAAAAGGUUUCAAAAAUUGCCUACUAGUUAAACUCUCUACUGAAUAUAGCUACCCUUGCAUGCAAGAAAUAGUGAUGUACUAAACACCUAGUGUAUAACGAGCCUUCUAAUCAGCAAACAGUGGUGAAGGACAGCUGAAGUGAUCCACUGCUUCCUAAAGUCAUCAGGGGAUGAUGGCACAGAGGCAGAACUGAGCAAAGACAUUUCUUGCAUGGUAUCUCCAAAGCUAGCAAAAUCAAAAAAUGUCCGUCUCUGGCAACUUCUUUGUCUAGUGUAUAAAGAGUUUUCUGUGACAGUUAACCUUCCUUUCUUACCAUCUAAGGGGAAACAAAUGCACUUUGGUUUGCAGCACUUUGCAGUCUCUAUUCAGUGGAAGUUUGCCUAGUUGCAGUGGGCAUUGGGGCCCUAGUUACACUCCCAGAAUCUACAGUUUCACAUCAAACCAGCAAGCUUUUGUUUUCUCUUUCAGAAGAACAACUUAGGAUAAGGAGCGUUAAAUUGCAGAAUUCUGAAAAAAUGUCUAAAGGAUCCUGUAAAUGUUGGCUUGGGCAUGUGCAGUGUUCUGGAGCCCAGAAGCUGUUUGGAGCACAGGUUGGAAAUGAUACAUUGGAGCAAAUGCUGUGCUGCUGUCUCUGCCAGAGCGUGGGUUUGGGGUCAAUGUCAUCCAGAGGCACUGUCUGCAGCUUGUACAUCUGUACCUCUGUUUCUGCACAGAUACCACAGCAGUCCUUCUGCAGAGGUGCAGUGACUUGUGUGUCAAUGUGUUGGUUUUUUCUGUCUCAAGGAUGUAGCCUACAGUCCUGUGUGGGAAUUCCUCUUUUCACCUAAAUCUGCCACCAUGUGGCAAAGGACUAUUACUGCGUUAUCCAUUAAUAAACUGAAACUGGGACCCAAAAGAGUUGAUGGAUCUGUUGGCUUUACAUUUUCACAGCCCAACUCCUCUGGCUUUGAAGAGAAAGGCUGGUUGAGGCCAAGGGGUGGCCUUGCACUGUGUAAAGAUGCUGCUGGGUUGCCUCAGCAAGGAGAACUCUCUUGAUAAGAGGCUGUACACUUUUAUGUCAACAAUAGUUAUGUUUUUGUCAUUCCAUUAUUUAAAAGUCUGAGUUGUAUCUGGUUCUUUUUUGUUUCCUUCAUGAACUCGUGACAUUAAGAUGAUAUGAAAUAAACUGUUUUGGUACAUGUUUUGUAA